UAAAGCGAGUAAUAAUAUAAUGAUUGGAAUUAAUAAUUUUUAGCUGAUAAUAAGCGUGGUCGCGAUAUGGAAUGUCGUCGGACCGUCGUUACCGGUGGAAUUUUGCGAUCGCCUCCGUCCGCGUCAGCUUCACCGCUGAUGAAAGCUUCGAAUCCGAGCGUCAUGCGGAACCGGAGCCGCCACCAUAGUCGAUCGUACGAUUGUGGUGACAAUAUUGUCGACGAGUACAACAACAACAGCAACAUAACCGCCGYGACCACAAUAAACAACACGACACAGCUAAUCGACGAGUUGGAACAGCUGCGGACAGACAACUUUCAGCUCCGGUUACGCGUUUACAACGCUGAGCGACGCGUAGACAGGCUGUCAGCAGCCGCACUCGCACGGGACCGGAAGAAGCGCAGUGACAUUUCUGAUACCGASAGUGACGACAMUGACGCUAAUAGUAGCCACGCCGGUAGCGGAACCGACCACAAUAACGCGGCUUCCAAGGCGACAGCCGAAGCGGCCGUGCGCACCAUCCACGAUUUGYUGACCGUCAACCGACGAUUGCUAGCUUUAUUAGCAGCCACAGUGUCAGCCAAAGCGGUGUCCGUGUCCACCGACGACAAACGGCGGUGGCAGCGACUGCGAAAUCACAUUGAAAAAUAUGCCGCAGACGACCCGAUCCAAGAGAAGACGAACGAAAACUACGAUGAAAACCACGACGAAUUUCAAGACGCGUCUACGACGGACUCCGAGACGUCGUGCAAAGCGCGGAUAGUAUCCGCGGACCGUUCUGCGACUAGACAUAACGUUCAGCGUUCUCCACCACCGGCACCACAACAAUCGCCACUUUCCACACCACUCGAGACCGCAGAUGUAGACGAUGAGGGUGCAGGUUCUGAGGUUUCGCGUCUGCGAGGACGAUGCAGACGGUUGGAACGGUCUCUGCAACAGCUGGUUAACACGGAGCUGUGGGCCAGGAACAGGCAAAUUGGCAAGCUCGAGCAGCAACGGUACGUAACGCAGGCCGCGCAAAGGGACAGGAGACCCGCUGAUCAGGCGGUGGUAACCGCARUUACAGCUCCGCCACAGCAAAAUCAUCUGCAGCAUCAAAUCCACUCGAAAGCCAUGGCAUCAACUGCUUCACCGCAGAUGACAAAAGGAAUCUUGGUGAUACGGUCCACCGCCGAGACACCCUUGAGCACCGCAAAAACACCAGCGAUUGCCUGCAYGGAAUCGCAAACUGCAACAGUACCAUCGCCGUCGAACGUGRCCUCCAUUACGACGCCGCCACCAGUGCUGCCGGACUAUUCGGAAGUGAACUUUUUUUUUAGCUGUGACGAAGAAGAUGACGACGACGAUGACUACGACCUCCGAGAAGACUCCGCAGGGACCAACUGCAUUUCGUCAUCAGAAGAAGAGACUGCAAAUUUGAACGAGUGCAGGGGUGACGAAGAGCCGGUGCGGUUAGCUGCGGUCGAUGCUCCUGUGGCGUCGUCGACGAGUACGCGGAAACGUCACUGUCGACCGCAUCAUCGGCAACCACAACAGCCAAUCAAGAGUGUUGGUGAUUCGGCGACCGUUACUACGACGAUGUCCUCGUCAGCGGAGUCUACGGCUGCGGAUGAAKUGGAUAAAUUAAAUGGCAGUGGCGUUAUUAUGACGACAACGACCGCUACGUCCGCCUGCGCCACUCGACGUCAUCGGACCGUUAGUGGCGGGGGCGGUUUGCAUAGAAGACGACGGU